CUCAAUCUUUAUUCUGUGUUUGCGACAUAUGUCAUCUUUCUAAAAGCCGACAAUGAACAUACAAAGUUGAAUUCCAAAAUGGUUGCAGAGGUUGUUGUUGCACUGUUGGCUGUUGUCAUGUCCCCCCAGUGCCUGUAGUUGUGCUGUAAGAAGCCUCGCAUCCGAUGACUAAACCAACACCCCUUUCUCCUUGUGUACGGCUAGUUUUAUUUCAAUAAUCGACAAAGAUAUGCCAGUAGGAUUCGUAUUAAAUUAAAUCCACGCGUUAAAAAACUUAAUUUGCUAGCAUAAAGCGUAAAGGUGGAGGCGGAAAAUCCCCGUUGAAAGUAAUAGCCGUCGACCGUAUGAAAAGAUCAGCGUAGCUUGUUUAGCACAGGCCGCAGCGAUCGGGGACUCGGCGGCUGCCGGGAAGCAACGGACUCAAGCAAAGGCGGAAGGCCGCUUAUCACGCACUGCAAGUCGGGUACCUCGUUACUCGACUCAGGGGAUUCGGGAGGUUUCACAGGCCAACGCUGAUGUUCCGGGGAGUUCCAGCUCUGGGAUGUAUGAAGGCAAACACAUCCACUACUCGGAGGUGGACCAUAAACCUCUGUGUUCAUAUAGCCCAAAGCUUUGCAAGCAACGCCGGCUCAAUGGUUAUGCUUUCUGCAUCCGCCAUGUGCUUGAGGACCGGACUGCUCCUUUCAGGCAGUGCGAAUAUGUAGCCAAGUACAAUAGCCAGCGCUGCACCAAUCCAAUACCCAAGGCUCACGACCGAAAGUAUUGUAAUAGUCACCUUCAGGUUAUGGGUGUCCUCCCCAAGAAGGAGCGAAAGAAGAAACAAGAUACAAUAGAGUCUUUGGCCCUCAACAUUACUGUUCCAUCCCUGGCUCUGAAGACCCACAACGGGCUUGAGCUUUUACCUCCAUCACCCCCACCCUCCCUGGCUUGUCUACUCCCCUCAGAUCCCUUCACCUUUUACAGGGGGGGAAAAAUGUUAAAAAAACCUAGUGGCACAUUUCUGAAGAAGGCCCAAGAAAACCAAGCUCUGAACCAUAAGCAGAAACAGCAAGAUCACAGUGUGGAUCCAGCCUUCCCAAACCAUUUCGAAACCUCGUCUCUUUCUUCAACUCUUCAACGUCCUUGCUUCCCUACUUCCCAGACUGGAAGAACCACACAGACACCCAAAGUUCCCUCCUCCCCUCAUACGGAAAUCUUAAAAACCCCUGCAGUUCAUUCAGGUUCAUUUUUCAAAACCUCAUCAACUCUUCAGGACAGCCGCCAGGGCUCAAUAGAAACAACUCCAGCUGAUAAAAAAAUUAAACUGGACCUUAAUCAUGCUUUUGACAAAAAGGUUGUCCCUGCAGCUUCAGGGAAAGCACCAGGCCGUGAUGACAUACAUAGACGCUUAAUAAAAAUGCACUCAGUUGCCAUGCAACAACAAGCUCCAUGUUUGCAGAAGUUCCAUAGAUUGAUGGACCAACACAGGGGGAGGUCCCAAGACCUGAACACACAUUUAGGGCUUGUCUGGUCCGAAGACAGUGAAGAGGAAGAUGGAGACUUGGGGAAACUAGUGUCACAUCAGUGCCAGAGACUACAAGAGAAGCACUUUGAGGAAAGUGCCAGCAGUUCCCGUGGUGAGCGAUUGGCAGGCUUCUGCUCAUACCUGAGACAAAAACACACACACCUUUGCAGAGAGCAGAGGGGCUUCAGGAGGGAGAGGAGAUCCCAGCAUACCCUUCGUAAAGCCCUGCUUCAGGCAGCAGGAGAAGAACCUCAGCACACUGCACAGCUUAUUCAGGAACAAUAUAAAAAGACCUCCACACCCUCCAGCACUGCAGUACCAUUGUCUGGAGAUGACUCAGGGUUGUGUGGGGCUGUCGUGAAAGAUAUCCUUCAGAACCGUUCACAGCAGCUGUUCUCAAGCUGCACCGCUCGCUUUGCAGAUGGAGCUCAGUGUUCCAUCCCUGUCUUCGAUAUCACGCACCAGACGCCACUUUGUGAUGAGCAUGCCAAGAAAAUGGACAAUUUCCUUCGAGGUGAUAUAAGCCGGAGAACGUACCACCACCACCAGCAGAUUCAGCGGCACAGACCACUGAAGAAAGCCAAGCCUCCAGCACUCACUAAGAAGCAUAAAAAGAAAGGAAAGCGAGGAGCACCAAGGCGUCCUCAGAAACCCAUUCCUCCCUCGGAGCCCCAGGGUAACCUGGGAUUGCCUUCCAUCUUGUAUCUGCCCACUCAGCCCUCUGGCAUAAGGAGCCCUUUAACUCCUGAUUUAAGUGCAGAUGAAUUUCCAGAUGACAUCACCAAUGACAUCAGCGACAUUCCACAUGACCUGGAGUUGAAUCAGGAGGAUUUCUCAGAUGUUCUUCCUCGACUCCCAGAUGACCUGCAGGACUUUGAUCUUUUUGGAGGUAAUAGUUUCAAUGGCAAGAAUGGUGAGCUGUUGCCCACCUCUGAGGAAGCCGAAGAAUUGGUUCGCGUUCUGCAGGCCAUGGGCUCAUACCCAGAAUCCCUUGCAUGUCUAAGCGGAAUGUCUGAGCUUGGUCCUGUAGAAGCGGUAGAUUGUCGUAGCAUACCGGGGGGAGUCGUGGAUCUACUGAGUGGACGACUUUCUGCUGAGACUCUUUCCAGUCUGGAGCUGGACCCCAGUCUGCUCCCCACCUCUGAAGAUCCUUUUCCCCCAUCACCUCCAUCACCACAACCCCCUCUCACUCCUCCAUCCUCCGUGGGGCAACUCACAGACAGCACAUACUCACAGAGACAACCUCAUCUCUUAGCAAAGAUGGAUAACUCCAAAGUGAAUCUGAGCAAUCUGUCGCUGGGAAAGGACGAGGACAUCUCUCAUGGCUCGUGGGGUGUUCUCGCCCUCCCUCUCAAUAACUACUCACAAUUUCACAGCCUUAUUGCCUCUGAUGGCCUGCUGAUGUCCACAGCCCUCUCAACGCCAAUGACCCACGUGACCUCGGCCCCCUGUCAGCCCAGUUCGGCCCUCUCCACUUUGCCUCAAACUGUGACUGUCACUUGCUCCACAACCACAUCCUUGCCCUCAUCAACAACAUCCCAAACCAAGCACCUUCUCCUCACUGUUCAACCACUGUGGGAUUUCAGUAGACUUGCAGCCGCACCACAGUACACCGGCGCCACCUAUGGACCAGGCCUGAACUGCAGGCAGAAACAAUUUGCUACAGUCACAGUGUUCAGGGAACGUUGCAGGUGACCCCCCCCCCCCCACACACACACACCUCCAAUGUCAGGGUCAUUCUGUCCAUCUUCUCAGUCUUUUGCAGCUUUUUCCCUCAACGAGAAAGAACAUCAAGCAAUAAAUUUCCUUGCCUGCUUAAAAUAGUUGCUCUUUGCCCAAAAAGCAAACAUAGAUGGAUUUUAGCCAUUAAUAUCACUUGUAUCCUUAAAUGCAUAUUUAAUAUAUUUAUAGAGUAGCAGUCUGCACAACUAGUUUUAUUGAGUGAAAAUGUGCGGUAACUGGUGAAAAUGUGGUUCUUGUUUAGAGGUAAUGGGACAGUUUGUCAGUGGCAGACACAAGGGGAAAGGUGUCAUGGUUGUAUCAUUCUUUUGUCCCCUGUGAUGAUAAAAAAAACUUAUUUUGGCAGAUGGUGUUUAUGUGCUGUUAGAAGCCGUUAAACUAUGGGGUCUUGCCCUGCCUGCCAUGAAAGCUGUGUAACACCUUUGUUAUCA